GCCAAUGGGCGAUAAGUGGGUGAAGGGGAUUCCAUGUUGGACCGAGAUGGCGACGAAGGUUGAGUGCAGCAGUGACAGUGAUGUUGAGCUGCUGGAAUGUCCUCGUGUGGUCCAGAGAACUGGGAUCAAGAGGCGCAGGAUCCUGGACAGCAGCAGCGUUGUCACUGUCCCCAUUUACUCCGGGAGGGUUAGCCGGAACUUGACGCUGUACCAGGAGAAUCCUGAGGAGGUGGACAGGGAGUUUCGGAGACAGGCGACUGGAUCAGAUUCCGAGGAUGAUCCGGACGGAGAGAGUGAGUCGCAGAGGAGGUCGGGCCGGAAGAGGAAGCGGCUGUCCACACGGGCCAGGUGGAGUGGGCUGUACUCCGACUCGGAGGAGGACGGAGACUUGAAUCUGAGCCUAUCCAGUGGUCAAAGGGACCGCUCUCCCUCCCCACCCUCCUCACCCAGCACCCCUGCCCAGCAGACCAGCCAAGCCUGCAUUGCUAUCAGGGAAGCAGACAGGAACCUGAGGGAGCUGGAGGCAUUCCACUCCUCACCAAUAAGGGGCAGGAUGCACUGUGACUCCGAUGAUGUGGUUCUAGUGGGUGUUUUACCAGCUGUGCCCAACACACCGCGCGAGAUUACCGUCAAGGUCAGGUGUAGGGGGCACAUCUACCGGGUUCCCAUGAGGAUGACGGACCCUCUGCAGAAGGUGAUAGACUACGUAGCAGACAGACUGGAAGUGGAUGCUGCUCGAGUACUGCUUCUCCUGAAGGAUGCGGAGGUGUCGAGUUCAGAGACACCAGAGUCUCAGAACAUCAGUGUGGCCGACAUUCUCGAUUGCUUUGUGAUGUCUGAAUAUCGCACUCAGCUGGUCGAGGGUCAGGACAGGAUCUGCCUGCGAGUGCGCGGAGUGGAGAAGAGCUCCUUCCAGCUCAUCACCAUUGGAAAGGCUGAGUCGCUGAAGAGGCUGAUGGAUGAUUAUAAGAUGAGGAUGGGGCUGCCGCGCUGUCGGAUGACCUUCCACUUUGACGGCACCGAGCUGUCGGAGAGCAGCACCCCGCAGGAGAAUGACAUGGAGAGCGACGAUGUCAUUGAUGUGUGGGUGUGCUCUCGCUGAAUGUGGGUGGCGGGUUGUGUGUGUGUGUGUGUGUGUGUGUGUGUGGGGUUGGGGAAAGGAGCAAUCGUUUCUGUCGCUGGACACCAGAGCGGAUGUUGUACAUACUGACUGCGGGGGUGGGUUGGGGGGACACCGUAUCCUGGUCUGGCGAGGCUUCCUGUAGUCGAAUAGCUGCUGGGGUCUGGCUCGUCUGGUUCCAGCUGUUUGUUUGUCAUUAACAUUUCCAAUUCCUCCCAUAAAGAGAGAGAUUCUAUUUA